AUGAUGCCCGACUACGUCUCCGUCAACUCCCAGCACCCUGCCCGACUACGUCUCCGUCAACUCCCAGCACCCUGCCCGACUACCACCCUGCCCGACUACGCCUCCGUCAGCUCCCAGCACCCUGCCCGACUAUAUCACCGUAAACUCCCAGCACCUGCCCGGCUACAUCAUGGUCAACUCCCAGCACCCUGCCCCACUACAUCUCCGUCAACUCCCAGCACCCUGCCCCACUACGUCACCGUCAACUCCCAGCACCCUGCCCCACUACGUCUCCGUCAACUCCCAGCAGUCUGCCCGACUACGUCUCCGUCAACUCCCAGCACCCUGCCCGACUACAUCACCGUCAACUCCCAGCACCCUGCCCGACUACGUCUCCGUCAACUCCCAGCACCCUACCCUACUACGUCUCCGUCAACUCCCAGCACCCUGCCCGACUACGUCUCCGUCAACUCCCAGCAGCCUGCCCGACUACAUAACCGUCAACUCCCAGCACCCUGCCCCACUACAUCACCGUCAACUCCCAGCAUGAUGCCCGACUACGUCUCCGUCAACUCCCAGCACCCUGCCCCACUACAUCACCGUCAACUCCCAGCUUGA